AUGGUGAUGCUCACCGAAACCUACGUCUCGAACCCGACCAUCCGUACCGACCCUCCGGUCGCCUCGUUCGUCGACGAUAUCGACGACGAUGCGACCCCGACCUCUGACCGCCAUCCGGACACCUUUGACUCUUCUGCCGCCGCUGCUGCUGCUGGUGGUGGCGCCGCAGCCUCGCCUUCGUCCGCGUGCAAACCGGACGUCCCCAAGCGCAGCCAGGAUCGCCCGCGUCCUGCCCCCGUGAACGACGGCCCGAAGUCUUCGCCUGCGACGCAGCCUCCGCGCUCGAACGUCUCCGAAUACGUGUCCAGGUCUAUUGGAACCGUCCGUCACAAGCUCAAGCCCAUCACCGCCUCCAACAUGCCUAACCCUCACUACGAUUUCCUCAUCAAGCUGCUCCUCAUCGGCGACUCCGGUGUCGGCAAGUCGUGCCUGCUGCUGCGAUUCUGCGACGAUGCGUGGACGCCCUCCUUCAUCACGACGAUCGGCAUCGACUUCAAGAUCCGCACGAUAGAGCUCGACGGCAAGCGGAUCAAGCUGCAGAUCUGGGACACGGCGGGCCAGGAGCGCUUCCGCACGAUUACGACGGCCUACUACCGCGGCGCCAUGGGCAUCCUGCUCGUGUUUGACGUGACCGACGAAAAGAGCUUCCAGAACGUGCGCACCUGGCACUCGAACAUCGAGCAGCACGCGUCCGAGGGCGUGUCCAAGAUCCUCGUCGGCAACAAGUCGGACUGGGAGGAGAAGCGCGCCGUCACCACCGAGCAGGGCGAGGAGCUGGCCCGCGAGCUCGGCAUCCCCUACAUCGAGACGAGCGCCAAGAGCAACGCCAACGUCGAAGAGGCCUUUUUCAACCUCGCCCGCGAGGUCAAGGCCCGCCUGAUCGACACGGCCGCCGCCUCGGCACCAUCGUCGGGCGCCGGCCUCGGAGACGGCGGUGCGGCCGGCAACGUCAACGUCGCCGGCGGCGGAAACCGCACUGGUCAGGCGGGCGGCUGCUGCUCUUAG